AUGUUGUCAGCAACUUUCAAACUGUGCUGUGGGAUCUCACAGGAGCACCUCCGAAAGAUGACUGGUUUGAAGAGAAUGGCUCUCUCAGCUAUUGGGCAUGACACAAGAGGACUCAUGUCAAAAGGAUCUCACUGCCUGUCUUCUACAGUUCCUGAUUAUAUUCGGAGGAUAAUGUGGAAGGACCCUGCUGCGGGUGAAAAACAUGGCUCUGAAGUUAACUCCAGCUGGUUUUCAAACACGGAGCUUUCCUAUGUGAAUCAAGGAGAAGCCACCCUGCGUAGGGCUUUAGGGAUACUGCAGCAGCAAGAUGGCUGGCAGACAGAAACCUACCAGGGAAAAGGAGAGUUGGUGCUGAGUACAGUUCUUCCCAGGCUCGGCAAAGUCUUCCGAAUGGAGACAGUGCUGGACGUUCCAGUGGACCAGCUAUACUAUGAGCUGUUUGAGAAGCUGGAGCAAAUGCCUGAGUGGAAUCCUACCCUUAGUCGAGUCAAGAUCCUCCAAAGAAUUGGGAAGGACACGUUGACUCAUGAGAUCACUGCUCAGUGCCCUGGGAACCUCAUUGGUCAAAGGGACUUUGUCAGCGUACGGCACUGCUGGAAGAAGGAGACAACUGUGUAUCUGGUUGGCACUGCAACCCACUCCGAGUUCAUGCCCAUGCAAAAGGGGCAAGUCAGGGCUGAGUCUGGGUUGAGCUGCAUUGUUCUGCAACCGCUGGAGGGUGACCAACGUCAGACUCGCUUCACCUGGCUCCUGAGCAUGGACCUCAAGGGAUGGAUCCCCAAGUCCAUUAUCAACCGUGUCCUACCUCAGUCUCAAGCGGACUUUAUCAGACACCUACGCCAGCACCUUUCCACCACAGCACAACCCUGA